UCAUGAAUGUGUUUGCCAACUGUCAUUAUGGAGUAAUGGGUGAAGUUUUGUUUCUGAUUUCAACACAUGCUAUAGGCAUGCAGUUGUACCAAACCCACUUAGUAUUUCCUGAAACAAGCCUGUCAGGCCACUGGGUGGAGACAACACCUUUUCAAUCUAAUCAACAACCCAUCAUGAUAUUAGGACUGGUUGCUGUGCUUUUCCUCGUGGAGAAAUUGAAUGCAGAGUUGGGCACCACCCCGAACUUGAAGCACAUUGUCAUUGGGCGAUGCUACAAUUAUAUCACCUUAAUCAAUCCCAGUUCCAGAUAUGAUUGUGAAGGGAUCUGGAGAGAGUUUGAGGAGGCAGUGGUAAGAAGGACUCCCUGUAGUGUGCGAGUAAAAGACUACCAACGCAUGUUCAGAGCAACUCCACAAACGCUGCCCUGUGACAAGCUGCUGUUCUGGAGUAAGACACACGAUCUGGUACACAGCUACUCUGCAGUUACUCGUCGUUUCUGGACCUUGGAGGACACGCUGGUUGGUUACAUGUUCAAUGACCUCAUCUGGUGUGGGAAGGAGGAGAAAGAUAGAGGAUUCAAUUUCAGUGCCUGUCCUGAAUGGUCUGAUUGUGUGAACCAUCCUGUUUAUUCUCUCUGGAAACAGGCAUCACAGAACUUUGCAGAAGCCGCUUGUGGUAACAUCACUGUCAUACUUAAUGGAUCCAUUAAAGAUGCAUUUAACAGGAAAAGUAUGUUUGGGGGUGUGGAACUGGACAGUCUGAACCCGAGAAUGGUGAAUCAUGUUAACAUCAAGGUGGUAACCAACUUGGAGGGACCAUUAAUAGAGUCUUGUACAGAGGGAUCCAUUGUGGACCUGAUCAAAAUCCUCCAAACCAGAGGCUUCCGGUGGACCUGCACUGAUUAUGACCUGACUCUGAUGAUUCUCCAAUGUAUGAAGAAUCCGAAGCAGUACUCCUGCCUCACCUGUGCAGACAGCCUCUUGAACAGGAAGAAGCCAGUUCUGUAAUGUUCCUGGAUGCAUAGUCAUUGUUACACAUUGAUUGUGCAAAUGGUCAAUUAAUCGAUUCAUUAAUUGAGGAUACCUUGAUUAUAGUUACCUUAACUCAGAAACCCUACAUUAACUUAAUAGUGAUGAUUAGGUUUUAGUGUCUUUGUACAUUUGGUCAUUGUUUUUCAUUUUCAAA